AUGAUGAUGAUAUCGAGUCUUGACGACAGUGAACGGCCUCGUUCACCCAUGUACAUAUAUCCCAAUAAUACCCAACAAGAAUAUCUUCGUCGCCCAACUGCAGCCGCAGAAUGGUGGGCAGAGCCAAACUCCCAUGUCCUGGGCUCUCGUGAUCUUGCCAGAGAAGUUCAAGGGACCUGGAUGGGAGUGACCAAAAACGGCAGACUGGCUGUUCUCACAAACUAUAGAGAAAACACCCCGGGGGCCAUCGUUGGUCUCCGCAGCAGAGGCUCGAUCAUCAACGCGUUUCUCAGUCUACCACCAGACAGCGAUAUGACUGCCCAGGAGUACAUUGAGGAGCUGGUUGCCGGAGGCGAGGGACAGGCCGCCGGCGGCUUCAGUCUUGCAUGCGGUGACGUGUUUGGCCCGUUGGGGAUCGUAUCUAACCGAGCUUCAGCCGGUGAUGAAAUUCCUUGGAUCGCAACUGCAAGGAACCAAACAGUCGGCCUCAGCAACACGGCGUUUGGGGAUCGAUCAUGGCCAAAGAUCCUACAGGGCGAAAGGCUUAUGAAAGAAGCAAUUCAGAAAAGCUAUGCUAGUGGUGAAAGCGAGGAUGCGCUGAUACACCGUCUACUAGGAGUGUUGAGCGUGGAUAACCUUCCGAGAUUGCACGAGCGUGCAAGCCUACAGGAUUAUCUCCCGUCAUUAAGUGAGAGUAUCUUCAUUCCUGCUAUCGGGGAUCCGGACGAGGGAGUGGAAGAAGUUGUUUCGCAUGGGGCUGAGGCUCAUACGUUAUACAUGAAAGGCUUGUACGGGACACAGAAACAGACCGUAAUUUUGGUCGAUGAGUCUGGCCGGGUGAAAUUUUUUGAACGCACGCUUUACGGGGACGAUGCGAAGGAGAUUCCUAUCGGUGAGGGGGAUAGAGAGUUCGAAUUCGCUGUUGAAAGGGCCCUUUCGUCAACUUUCCAAUCCAAGGCCCAUCUGUAG